AUGGCCUCACAGCUGCAGGUGUUCUCCCCUCCGUCAGUAUCCUCGAGUGCCUUCUGCAGUGCCAAGAAACUCAAAGUGGAGCCCUCUGUCUGGGAUGUUUCAGGACAGAGCAGUAGUGACAAGUAUUAUACCCACAGUAAAAACCUCCCAGCAGCUCAAGGGCAAGCAAGCUCCUCUCAUCAGGUAGCAAAUUUCAGCAUCCCUGCUUACGACCAGAACCUCCUUCUCCCGGCUCCUUCAGUUGAGCACAUCGUGGUGACUGCGGCCGACAGCACAGGCAGCAGCACAGCGGCCUCCUUCCAGAGCAGCCAGACCCUCCCACAUCGGAGCAACGUUUCUUUACUGGAGCCCUACCAAAAAUGUGGAUUAAAAAGGAAAAGUGAGGAGGUCGAUAGCAACGGCAGUGUGCAGAUAAUCGAGGAACAUCCACCUCUCAUGCUGCAAAACAGACCUGCGGUGGGUGCUGCGGCCACGACCACCACGGUAACCACGAAGAGCAGCAGUUCCAGUGGUGAAGGCGAUUACCAGCUGGUCCAGCACGAGAUCCUGUGCUCUAUGACAAACAGCUAUGAGGUCUUGGAAUUCCUGGGCCGAGGGACGUUUGGGCAGGUGGCGAAAUGCUGGAAACGUAGCACGAAGGAGAUUGUAGCCAUCAAAAUCCUAAAGAACCAUCCCUCCUAUGCUAGGCAGGGCCAGAUAGAGGUGAGCAUCCUCUCUCGCCUGAGCAGUGAGAAUGCUGAUGAGUAUAACUUUGUUCGCUCCUACGAGUGCUUUCAACACAAGAAUCAUACAUGCCUUGUUUUUGAAAUGCUAGAGCAGAACUUAUAUGAUUUCUUAAAGCAAAAUAAGUUCAGUCCGUUGCCCCUGAAGUACAUCCGGCCAAUCCUGCAGCAAGUGGCUACUGCCUUGAUGAAGCUAAAGAGCUUGGGUCUGAUACAUGCUGAUUUGAAACCAGAAAACAUCAUGCUGGUGGAUCCGGCACGCCAGCCCUACCGGGUGAAGGUGAUAGACUUCGGCUCCGCCAGCCACGUGUCCAAGGCCGUGUGCUCCACCUACCUGCAGUCGCGCUACUACAGAGCUCCUGAAAUCAUACUGGGUUUACCAUUCUGUGAAGCUAUUGACAUGUGGUCGCUGGGCUGCGUGAUAGCAGAGCUGUUUCUAGGCUGGCCUCUGUAUCCAGGAGCAUCUGAAUAUGAUCAGAUUCGUUAUAUUUCACAAACUCAAGGCCUUCCAGCGGAGUAUCUUCUCAGUGCGGGAACGAAAACAAGCAGGUUUUUUAACAGAGAUCCAAAUUUGGGAUACCCACUGUGGAGGCUAAAGACCCCAGAAGAACAUGAGGCGGAAACAGGAAUAAAAUCAAAAGAAGCUCGGAAAUACAUAUUCAACUGUUUGGAUGAUAUGGCGCAGGUGAAUAUGUCUACAGACUUGGAAGGGACUGACAUGUUGGCAGAGAAGGCUGACCGAAGGGAAUAUAUUGAUUUGUUGAAGAAAAUGUUGACAAUUGAUGCAGAUAAAAGAAUUACUCCACUGAAGACUUUGAACCAUCCGUUUGUUACAAUGACACAUCUACUGGAUUUCCCACAUAGUAAUCAUGUGAAAUCUUGCUUUCAGAAUAUGGAGAUCUGCAAGCGAAGAGUUAAUAUGUAUGAUACAGUGAAUCAGAUUAAGAGCCCAUUCACAACUCACGUUGCUCCUAAUACAAGCACAAAUCUGACAAUGAGCUUUAGCAACCAGCUCAGUACAGUACACAAUCAGGCCAGUGUAUUGGCUUCCAAUUCUACUGCUGCUGCUACCCUUUCCCUGGCAAACUCGGACGUCCCACUGCUAAACUAUCAGUCUGCUUUGUAUCCAUCAUCUGCAGCACCAGUUGCAGGAGUGGCACAACAGAGUGUUUCCUUGCAACCUGGAACCACACAGAUCUGCACCCAGACUGACCCCUUCCAGCAAACGUUCAUUGUUUGUCCCCCAGCUUUUCAAACCGGACUUCAGGCAACUACAAAGCAUUCUGGGUUCCCAGUAAGGAUGGAAAAUGCUGUCCCCAUCGUACCGCAGGCCCCUGCAGCACAGCCACUGCAGAUCCAGUCGGGUGUUCUCACACAGGGAAGCUGUACACCACUAAUGGUAGCAACUCUUCAUCCUCAAGUAGCCACCAUCACGCCGCAGUAUGCGGUCCCCUUUACCCUGAACUGCGCAGCCGGCCGGCCAGCGCUAGUAGAACAGACGGCUGCAGUACUGCAGGCCUGGCCGGGGGGAACCCAGCAGAUUCUGCUCCCUUCCACCUGGCAGCAGCUCCCAGGGGUUGCUCUGCACAACUCGGUCCAGCCGGCGGCGGUGAUUCCGGAGACGAUGGGCAGCAGCCAGCAGUUAGCUGACUGGAGGAAUGCACAUUCCCAUGGGAAUCAGUACAGCACUCUCAUGCAGCAGCCGUCGCUACUGACCAACCAUGUGACCUUAGCAACAGCGCAGCCUCUGAACGUUGGAGUUGCUCAUGUUGUGAGGCAGCAGCAAAGCAGCAACAUUCCAGCGAAGAAGAACAAGCAGCCAGCACCAAGCGCAGCCAACUCAACUCUAGAGCCUGUGCCCUCCCAGGUUUACUCACUCAUUGGGAGCAGUCCUCUGCGAUCCACCUCCUCCUCUUCCAAUGUACUCGUCCCAGUGCAGGAGCAGCACCAGCCCAUUGUGAUCCCAGACACUCCAAGCCCUCCUGUCAGUGUCAUCACCAUUCGCAGUGACACUGAUGAGGAAGAGGACAGCAAGUACAAACCUGCCAGUUUGAGUAUGAAGCAGAGAUCCAACGUCAUCAGCUACGUUACUGUUAAUGACUCCCCUGAUUCGGACUCCUCCCUGAGCAGCCCCUAUGCCACAGACCCACUUUCCUCUCUCAGGAGUACAGGCGGUGCCCUGGAGCUGCCGAGCAGAGGAGCCGCUGACAGCUCCAGCUCUCGGACUAUCAUUGUGCCCCCACUGAAAGCACAGCUCAAUGACUGCAUCGUAGCUACCCAAGCAUCAGGCAUCCUGAGCAGCACCAGUAAGACUAAACCAGUGGCCUCUGUGAGUGGGCAGUCAGCAGGAUGCUGUAUCACACCCAGUGGGUACCGCUCCCAUCGCGUAGUAACGAACGGUGUGCAGCCUCUCAACCUCAGCCAGAACCAGCAAACAACAGUGCUGGCCUCACAGGAGAGAAGUGGAAAUGCUGUCCCACGUAGGCAGCAAGCUUAUGUGGCCCCCCGCACGUCAACUAUUUCUCAGGCUCCCUACACGUUUCAGCACAGCAGCCCAGUGCAUCCCCACCUGGCAGCGGCCUCGGCAAACACGCACCUCUCCAGCCAGCCGCACGUGUACACCUACGCCCCGACCUCGGCCGCCACGCUGGGCUCCACCUCCUCCCUCGCCCACCUCUUCUCCCCUCAGGGCUCCUCGCGGCACGCCGCCUACGCUGCCCACCCCAGCACGCUUGUCCACCAGGUCCCUGUGAGCGUUGGGCCCAGUCUCCUGACUUCUGCAAACGUUCCGCCUGCCCAGUACCAACACCAGUUUGCUCCCCAGUCCUAUAUUGGUGCUUCCAGAGGGUCUGCUAUUUACACUGGAUAUCCGCUGAGCCCUACAAAGAUCAACCAGUACUCGUACUUGUAGUUCUUAGUAAAGCACUGUCCUGCAGUAGGCCUGAGAGGUUGGAGAAGGAUUUCAGGUGAACCUUUACCUGGUAAUGGCUGCCUGGGUUUUGUUUCUCCCUGAUCUGGUUGUAUGUUGUUCAAAAAUCUCUCUAGUGAGUUCAGUCACUAACUG